AUGAUACCUGGGGUCAACCAUUCAGAAUCUCCAAUCCUUCCAGCUGGCACAUGCAAAAACUUUGGACACCAACUAAACCAAAACCCUUACAUUUGCCAACUAACAUGCAACUCAUUAGAUGAACCAGAAGAUGAAAUAUGUUUCGACUCUUCAAUUCAAGAAAUAUGCAUUUGCCAAGAAGGCUAUUUAUGGGCUUCCGACAACACUUGUGUUCUACCUGAAGACUGUUCUUAUUAUCAAAUUUAUAUUGAGAACAAUUCCGGAACAAUUUGCAAACAAAAUGAAGUCCUCAGUGACUCCGAUAUGAUAUGCCAGUAUAGAUGUCCCACGAUAAAUGGAGUAGAUUUGGUCAGUUGUGAGAAUAAUUUUGAUUCUGCUGAAAGUUGCAUUUGUGCUGAUGGAUAUGUCUUGGAUGAAGAUGAUAAUUGCAUUUUGAGAGAGCAUUGUCCAAUUUUUAGACAAGAGGAAGCUAGAUUGCCAAGGGAAACAAAUGUACAUUUUUGUCCCCAGAAACCAUGUGGUCCAAAAUUCAUCCCCAGCAACGGCAAAUACAAAUGUCCCUUAACAUGCGAGAUGUACCUCAACAAUACAUCAACAGAUGAUUGCACCUAUGAUUGUGGAUUUGACUUCUGCGUUUGCAAAAAAGGGUAUGUCCUGGAUGAUUUUGGAGAUUGCAUAGCUCCUGAGGAAUGCAGUGGGCAUAAAAUUUGCGACGAGGACAACGGUGAAGUUUGGACAAAUUGUGGGACGGAUUGUGAAGAAACUUGCGAAACAUAUGCUGGUUUUGUGGAACCACCAAUCUGCAACUACGAAUGCGUUCCCAAUACUUGUGAAUGUCGCAAUGACCACGUUCGAGAUGAAACUGGUAAAUGUGUUCCCCGUUCCCAAUGUCCGGUAAAAACUGAAUGUGAAAUCAACCAACAAUGGACAAGUUGUGGUACCAUUUGCCCACAAACUUGUGCUCAAGAAUUAGGACUAGAAUCAAACGACGGAAUUUGUGCUGAUGUUUGUAUCUUCAAUACUUGUGAGUGUGCGCCUGGUUAUAUAAUGAGCACCAACUACACUUGUGUACUUCCUUCAGAAUGUCCAGAAGCUGUUCAAUGUGGGGUUAAUGAAAUUUGGACGAACUGUGGACCUGAAACAGAAAAAACUUGCCAAGAUGUUUCUGAUCCUGGUUUUUACGAGCAAGUAAGUGAGUGUCGAAAAAAUACUUGUAUUUGUAAAGAUGGUUUUGUUAGAGAUGUCUAUGGUAGCUGCGUACCGGAAUCAUCUUGUCCGGUGACUUGUGGUGUACACGAAGUUCAUACAAAUUGUGGUACUUCUUGUGAACCAACAUGCAACACUACAUUAGGUUUGGAGCUCCCUAAAGUAUGCACUUACGAAUGCAGGGUGAACACAUGUGUUUGUGAAGCUGGUUAUGUAAGAGAUGGUUCUGGUGCUUGUGUACUUCCCCAAGAGUGUCCAGGCGUAACAAUUUGUGGUGUAAAUGAAGUCUGGACAAAUUGUGGCAAAGCACAGCCUGCUAGUUGCAAUACCUUCGCAACCACUAAUAUUGUGUCUGAGGAUUCCUGCAUAUUAAACACUUGUGAGUGCUUUCCUGGAUACGUCAGGAACGAUUGGGGAACUUGCGUCUUGGAAAGCGAUUGUAAAAUAUCUUGUGGCCAGAAUGAAGAAUGGACAAACUGUGGAAGUGUAUGUCCAGAAACAUGUGCAAUUGCUUUAGGCGACCAGGAACCCACACCAUGCACCUUGCAAUGCAUUUUGAACACCUGCAAGUGCAAACCAGGUUACGUAAGAGACCUUGAUGGUUCAUGUGUUCCUUUAAGUUGUUGCUCCAAUGCAGUAACCUGUAGCGAAAACGAAGUUUGGACAAAUUGUGCAACUCAGCAAGAUGACUACUGUGACAAAUUUACAGGACAGGUAGCUUUGGGUGCAAGUUAUCAAGACUGCAAAAAAAAUACUUGCCAAUGUGCUGAAGGUUAUGUAAGAAAUUCUUCAGGCAAAUGUGUCACUCCAUCCCAAUGUGAAUCCCAGUUUUUAUGUGGAGCCAACGAAGUUGGCAUAUUAGUACUAGACAUCUCAUCAUCAUACUUUGGCAAUUACACUUGCCAAUGCAAAAAUGGUUUCAUGAGAAACUACCAAGGUGUCUGUGUUCCCCAACAAACCAACCUGGUAAGUCUAACCAAUUGUUUGACCGAUCCUAAGGCUUGUAAUUUUAUUGAACGAUGUCAAAUCAACGAGUGGUUAACACAUUGUGGAAGAAACUGUUAUGAGACUUGUGCAACUAUGUUGGGUGUAGAAUUGCCUGAUAAAUGCGAUGGUAAAUGUUAUGCACAUGCAUGUGAAUGUCAACCUGGUUUUGUGAGGUUGACGAAAAAUUCCAGAGUUUGUGUUCCUAAAUCUGUAGAAGAAUAUGUAGAAAAGAAACCGAUGCCAAUGUCAUCAGACGAAGCCGAAUAUUUCGAUUUGGAUGAAAUAUCUCUAAAUUCUACCACUUUGAGUUGUGGAAAUGGCACAGAAAAUCAAUGUGAAAAACCACCAACAUCAAAUCAGACAUUUUUAUACGAAGGACAAAUUUAUGAACGACAUUGUCCUGCAAAUUUGAAUGAUGGUGAAGAAGUUUUGGUCAAGGGAAGUAAACAAGGAGCCCUAAUUUGCAAGGAUGGUUAUUACAGGAUCAAUUCUGAUGAUUGUGUGCUGUUAGAGGAUUGCCCAGAUAUAUGUUCGGAAAACGAGAUCCUAGUAAGAAUUCCUUACCCAAGCAACGAUUUACCCAAAGACAAACCGACUUACAAAUGUGUUUGUAAGGAAGGUUUCGAACUCAACAAGGACAACAAAUGUGUUACAAAAAAAGUACCAUGUGGUCCACAUUCAAAACGUGUCGAAUGUGCAACAGCUUGUCCAAUAACUUGCAAAAACUUUUUAUUUCCUAGACAAGUUUGUCCACUUCCUUGCUUACCAGAUUCAUGUGUUUGCUACGAUGGCUACGUCUUAAAUGAUGAAGGAAUUUGUGUACCGCCAUCAGAAUGUCCUGGAGGAUUCACAUGUCCACCAAAUUCUGAAUGGAGAAUGUGCGCCAAUCCAAAUCCUAUCACAUGUGAUAUGUUGACCAGGAAGCAGUUACCAAACUGCUCCAAAACUUGCCCGGCAGCUUUCACCUGCCAAUGUAAAAUCGGAUACGUUCUCAGAAGUGCUGAUGAUACCACUUGUGUACCAGUUGACCAUUGUUUUACCAAAGUUACUCAGAAAAAGUUGACUUAUGCACCAGUUUAUUAUGCAGCUGGUCCUGUGGUUAAUCAAAUCCCUCCUAAAGUUGUCCAACAUAACCAUUUGCCGGAAGAUCCUAAGUUGGGUCCUUGUUUAUUCCCAGGUUCACAAUGA